AUGAGUAACAACAAUCUAGAAUCACCCCAAACUUCUACUUCCUCCGAUGCCAGUUCUGUGUCUCCACCGUUGCUAAUGUCCAAAAGCCCAGUAACACGGCACAGUUUGACACGUAUCGUCAAAGCCCAAAUUAUUUUAUUGGCAUCCAAUUUAACGGAAGCUAAUUACUCCACAAUAUGCGUUGAAAUCAUAACGCUAAUCGAUACCUACGGUGCAGUUAUUCGCCGGCAUCUAAUACGGUUUCUACUCGUUGACAUUUUCAAAAAAGACGCCAACUCUUCUGGGAAGCAAACCAACAACACUCCACUACUCUACUUGCUACUCAAGGAUAUUGUUAUCACUACUGGCAGCAACACCAACACCCUGGGUAGUACUGUUAAUCCUUCAAGUGACGACAAGAAUCAUAGCAACAACAAUCAACAGCAAUUGGAACUACCGUUUGUUACGUUUGCCGAAACGCUUUGCUGCUUUUGUAAAUCGGAUUCAGCUCCACUGGUUGUUGACCUUGAAUAUCUUUAUACUAAACUUGGUCUGGACGCAUUUCAACGUUUUGCGUUGUCAUCGUUACUGUUGUUAAGUUUAUCUUUCGAAAACCAACAAAACCAACAACAACACAUAUCUGAUCAAGCAAAAGCAUUAGCUUCGCGCGAUUUUAAACACGUCAUUGACUACCAGCAACAGCAACUACAUCCUAAUAACAACACCACCUUUGACGAAAAAGUAAUCACUUGGUGCAUAGACUCAAUUAAAAAAAGUGUCACUGCUGGAUUCGGCCUUUUCAACUAUCAAGAUAUCCAACUGUUUGCAGCCGUUCUUCCAAAGUAUUGUAACGAUAAAUCGAUCUGUAAAAGGAUACAACAACAACUGUCUAUUGAUCCCAACAUGGCAGAGUAA